AUGGUUCCUCAGCCCUCGUUCCCAUCUCCCCUCUCUCCCAGCCUCACCCCCGGUUGCCGUUCAUCGUCGCUGCAGUUCAUUGCCUCCACAGUUCGUUACUUUAUGAUAAACUGGCGUCAUCAAGGAAUGGUAAAAGACUGGAGUAUGACUAGAAACCAGAAUCGUUAUACAUUUAGAAAAAAUCCUGACAACAGUGGUGUGGCUUCUUUAUGUUAUCAUGCAACUGGAGUUGAUUUUGUCAUUCAGUGGAGUUUGCAAGUCAUAUAG